AUGUUAGUGAAGGAUUUUUAUGUUGAUGACAUGCUCUCUGGCGUUGAUUCAAUCGAGGAAGGCAUUACACUUUGUGCAGACGUCCAAGAACUACUCCGCGGUGGAGGGUUUACCCUGCGAAAAUGGAGCUCAAACUGUCCCGAGAUUCUCGAGCAGAUACCUCCAGAGUAUCGAGACGAAAGAACUUCUUUCGAGUUAGAUGGUUCAAGUGCAGCAAUCAAGACCUUGGGGCUUGUGUGGGAGCCUCAAUCAGAUUUUUUCAACUUCAAAGCACCUGAGUGGAAUGAGUCUGCCAUAACGAAGUGCGUCGCUGUCUCUGACCUUGUAAGAAUUUUCGAUCCAAGUGAUCUCAUUGGGCCAGUUAUUGUGGCCGGAAAAAUAUUCAUUCAGCAUCUGUAA